GAAUAAGGUUAAGGCGUUUAAGGCAGUGGUCUGAAAGGAAAAUCUAGAAGGAGUCAGAUUUCAGUGUUGGAGCACUCAUUGCAAUGAGUCACUGAGAGAGCCUGAGAGCUGCCUUUGUUUCACUCGAGUCUGAACGUUGGAGGAGACAACAGACUCCAAUUUUUAUUAACUUUUUCUUUUCAGAAGUAAAAAUUAAUGUUCACUGAACAUUUUUCCCACUUAAGGUCUUUCAACAAACUUUAAAAAAAAUGCUCUUAAGGCAUUGCUGGCGGCCCUGGAAUUUGCUACUACUGCACUGGGGUUCAUUUCUCCCUGUUGUUUUAGCAGCUCAGGUCAUAGAAGAACGAGGAUCAAAGGGUCAUCUUGAUCUGACAGAGCUGAUAGGCGUUCCACUCCCUCUUUCUGUCUCCUUUAUCACUGGCUAUGGAGGGUUUCCAGCUUACAGUUUUGGACCAGAUGCUAACAUCGGCCGUUUGACAAGCACUUUAAUACCACUGACCUUCUAUAAUGAUUUUGCUAUCGUAGUUACAGUAAAACCGAACAGCGAUGAUGGAGGUGUACUAUUUGCAAUAACGGAUGCCUUUCAGAAAACUAUAUACUUGGGAAUGAGACUAUCACCAGUUGAUGAUGGCACCCAGAGAAUAAUCAUGUACUACACAGAGCCUGGUUCCUACAUCUCCCAAGAGGCUUCUUCAUUUAAAGUUCCAGUGAUGACUAAUAAAUGGAAUCGGUUUACAGUGACUGUUCAGGGAAAUGACACUGUUCUGUUCAUGGACUGUGAAGAAUAUAACAGAGUUCAGUUUCAGAGGUCAUCUCAGGCCUUGCAAUUUGAAUCCAACUCUGGUAUAUUUGUUGGAAAUGCAGGAGCAACAGGAUUGGAAAAAUUCACAGGGUCGAUUCAACAACUAAUGAUCAAAUCUGACCCAAGGGCUACUGAAGACCAAUGUGAAGAUGAUGACCCAUAUGCAUCAGGAGAUUCUAGUGGCACUGGUAGCAUUCAAGAGCUGGAAGGACUUCCUGAGACAGAAGAAGUCAUUGCAUCUUCUCAACCCCUACCUGAGGAAACAACAGCUGGACCUGUAGAAGCACCUCCAACUGUAUCAGCUCAGUCAGAAGAAAUGGAUUUCUCAGGACAUCAUAUAUUAGAUGAAAUACCUGAACCACCUACAAUCAAAGAACAAGGUUCAACCAGUGCAGGAAAUGAUCAACAUGAAAGCGAUGCCACUACGGUAGCCCAGGAAAUACUAAAAUCAGAAGCUGGUUCUGGUGCUAUUGUUUUGCAAGGAGUGAGCAGAGAAAAGGGUCAAAAAGGUGAGAGAGGCGAAAAAGGAGAGCAAGGGCCGCGAGGACCACCAGGACCACCAGGAAAGUUGAAACUAGAAAAAAUGCAGACAGGGAUUCAAGGACCCCCUGGGCUUCUAGGAAAACCUGGGCGAGAUGGUGAACCUGGCAUUCCUGGUAAAGAUGGAUUGCCAGGUGAAAAAGGACUUCAGGGAUUGCCAGGGUUGAAGGGAGAGGAUGGCCUUAAAGGAGAAAAGGGUGAACCUGGUGUGGGACUGGCAGGACCACGAGGACUUCCUGGCCCUCCCGGCCCAUCUGCUCCAUUCAGAGGACUUAGUAGACUGGAACCUGAAGGAUCUGGGUCUGGUGACCUUGACAGAGACAGUGAGGUUUUAAGAGGUCUUCCUGGGCCACCAGGCCCUCCUGGAUUACCCGGAGCACCAGGAAAACCUGAUUCAAAUUCAGGACCCCCUGGAUCACCAGGAAAAGAUGGGAAAGAUGGACCUUCUGGUGAGCCAGGCCCUCCAGGGCCCCAAGGACAUCCUGGACUUGAUGGAAUGGUUGGCCCUCCUGGAAAGAAAGGAGAAAAAGGUGAUCAAGGUCUUCCUGGUGCAGUUGGCCCAAAGGGAGAUGCUGGAGAUAUUGGAUCACCAGGCCCAGAAGGCCAGUCAGGUGCUGAUGGGCAACCUGGAGAGCCUGGGCCUCAAGGACCACCAGGACCACCAGGGCCACCUGGCCCAGGCUAUGGGUUUGGAUUUGAGGACAUGGAAGGCUCAGGGAGCAUCAGUUUGUUGAGUGAACCCAGAAUUCCAGGAUCAAGAGGGCCAAAUGGUCGUGCUGGGGAGACUGGACAGCGUGGGCCAAUGGGACCAAAGGGAGAAAAGGGGGAUACUGGUCCACCAGGUAUAGCAGGUUUAAAGGGUGAGCAAGGUGCAGAUGGAAAGCCUGGAUUUCCCGGUGUUGCUGGACGUCCUGGAGAUGCAGGUCCAAAAGGGGACAAGGGUGACACAGGAUCCAAGGGUGAACCAGGACAGGAUGGUGCCAGUAUUGUUGGACCACCAGGGCCACCAGGACCACCCGGGCCAAUCAUAGCAGUACCAGAGCUGCUACUCAAUGAUACGGAUGGAAUUUCUAAUUUUACUGGAGUUAAAGGACUGCUUGGGCCUCCAGGGCCAGACGGCAGGCCUGGUCUACCAGGAUUUCCUGGCCCAAGGGGACCAAAAGGUGCCAUUGGACUGACUGGGUUACAAGGACCAAAAGGACAACGGGGUGAAAAGGGAGAACCCGGAUUUAUCAUAUCUGCAGAUGGAUCUCAAAGAGAACUAACAGGAAGACAAGGGCAGAAGGGUGAACAUGGAGCAAUGGGGCCACCAGGGCCUAUGGGACCAGUAGGACCUUCUGGACCUAAGGGAGAACUUGGUAUUCCUGGACGACCUGGCCGCCCAGGUUUGAAUGGACUGAAAGGUGUAAAAGGUGAACGGGGUGUAACAUUAUAUGGUCCUCCUGGCUUGCCUGGGCCCCCGGGACCCCCUGGACCUCCAGGGGCUGUAAUUCACAUCAAAGGAACAGUUUUCCCAGUUUCUCCUAGACCUCACUGCAAAAUGCCAGUUGGCACUGCUCAUCCUGGAAACCAAGAAGCUAACAUUUAUGGUAUGAAAGGCGAACCAGGCUCCUGGGGACUGCAUGGCCCACCAGGCUUAAAAGGUGAAAAAGGAGAGAGAGGCUCACCUGGACUACCAGGUCCUCCUCUGCCUUCAGCAUAUUUCAGCCACUUUGUUAACAGCAUGAAGGGUGAGAAAGGAGACAAUGGUGAAACUGGCUUCAAAGGGGAAAAAGGAGAACCAAGUGGAGGGUUCUUUAUGUCAGGGCCUCCUGGACCCCCUGGAAGACCAGGACUAGUUGGGCCAAAGGGGGAUUCAGUUGUUGGGCCAAGAGGCCCCCCUGGGUUACCUGGCCUACCUGGAUCUCCAGGGUAUGGAAUAGUUGGACCUCCCGGCCCACCAGGCCCUCCUGGACCCCCAGGACCUCCGGCGAUAUAUGGCUCAGCAGCUGCAGUUCCAGGGCCACCAGGUCCUCCCGGGGAGCCAGGAUUACCAGGAACUAGGAACCUGGUUACAACAUUCAGAAAUAUUGACGGAAUGCUGCGAAAGGUUCACUUAGUGGCAGAAGGUACAUUAAUCUAUCUGAGUGAAAGUAGCGAGGUGUUUAUCCGUGUUCGAGGAGGAUGGAGAAGAUUGCAGCUUGGGGAAUUAAUUCCCAUCCCAGCUGAUAGCCCUCCACCUCCAGCAAUUUCAGGCUAUGGAUUUCAGUCUCUUCCAGCACUAAGACCAGUUUCAGCUAUUAAUCAUGGAAAACCAACACUGCAUUUGGUGGCUUUGAACUUGCCACUUUCUGGUGCCAUGCGAGCUGACUAUCAAUGCUUUCAACAAGCCCGAGCGGCUGGUUUAAUGUCAACAUACAGAGCUUUCCUGUCAUCCCAUUUGCAAGAUCUGUCUACAGUUGUGAGAAAAUCAGACAGAUACAAUCUACCAAUAGUUAAUCUUAAGGGAGAAAUACUCUUCAACAACUGGGAGUCUGUGUUUACUGGCAGCGGGGGACAGUUCAACAUUCAGAUUCCAAUAUACUCCUUUGAUGGGAGAAAUAUCAUGACAGAUCCAUCUUGGCCGCAUAAAAUCAUAUGGCAUGGUUCAACUGCAAAUGGGAUCCGGCUAGUUAGCAACUACUGUGAAGCUUGGCGGACAGCUGACAUGGCAGUUAUGGGACAAGCAUCACCACUGACAACUGGGAAACUUCUGGAUCAAAAGCCUUACAGCUGCAGCAAUAAGUUUAUUGUUCUGUGUAUUGAAAACAGUUUUGUAUCUGAUAUCCGAAGAAAAUAAUUAAUCUGUUGCACAUAGAAAACAUUUGAAUUUUAUUUCAUAAAACAUUGACACUGAAAUCUAAUUUUUAAUGAUGUAAAUAUUCUGUUUUUUUAUUGCAUAUUUACAAAUAAAACCAAAGAAAGCAUACCUCAAGACAGAAUACUCCAGCAGGGUGGAAUUCAGGCCUGGCAGAUGGCCUUUGGUACCACUUAAACCCCACAUAAGGGCUGCAUGGAGAGUCAGCAGGCUGAGCAACCAUGCAGAAGUGCCUGUUAGUCCCUGGUGUGCUGUGGAUCUGGUCUCCAUGUUGGCUGGGGAUGAAGAUCACUUUGGGGAUGAGCCAAGUGUGAUCUGAGAGCAAGACCAAGGGAAGGACCACAAAUCCAUGUUUGUUCAGAUCUACUGGCUCUGGUACCACAAUCAACCAACACAGAAGGGCUGCUACUGCUACUCCAGCCCAUAGCAGCCCUCCACCCUGGCGGUAGAUUGUAGGGGAUGAGUUUGAUCUCCCCUUAUUCCUUCUUUCCACCAGAAUACUCAGAUAUGGGUUAUUUUAAAAAAAUGGCAACCUAAAGUUAGGGUCCCUAAAUUCUACAGUGCUGGGAGUUUUGAAGGAGCUUGCUGCCCCAUUUCAGUGGAAGCUAGCUAUGAACCUGACAGCCUGACUUCAGGCUCCCAUUUUUUAAAAUUUGGCACCGGGCUUUGUGGGAGGACUGAAUUUCACGAUCCAUACUUUGGUGCUACUAUUGUCAGGAAACCCCCAGCAAUGUUAACAGAAAACAUCCUGAUCGUACUAAUUGGUUUUACUGUCACAGCUGAGCACAGUAAAUGCGGGCACAAGAACCAUCUGAACUUUAUUCAUGCCACUGCAUCAUAGACGAAGCUUUUUCUUAGUGUAACAUACACUGCUGAGAGACAGACACCUGUCAUGUUUUCUUUAAAAUAGGUUUUAGGCAAUGUUGUGCCAUUAAGUUAUAUAUAAAGUGACUGCCUUGGUCCCCACCCCAUGGUGAGACUGUCACUUUUUCACUGCUAUUAUUCUUGUUAAUAUGAACUAACCCAUACUUAUAGAAAUGAUCAGUAAGUAUUCAUGUCUCACACAAACAGUAUUACCAUCACAUUUCUAUAUCUUAUCUGUAUUUUCCUACAGUAUAUUUUAACUUAAGGUAUUUACUUAUUGCCAUAAUCUAACAGACUAUAACUAUAAAAGAUGAACUUCCACAUUUUCAUUUUGUAAGUAUAAGCUAGAGACUAGAUUGGAAAUGACUAUUCUUUUAGAUUUUGUGACUCACUUGCCAUCAGAUCAGAAUUUAAUACUCCACUAGCUACUUUCAUUGAAGUGAAGAUUUCCAUCCGUAUGGCUUUUAUUAUUAUAAAUGCAUUGGUUUUUAGAUGAUGUAAAAAUAUGAAAUCCAGUUUUAUUUUUCCAUUUUAAGUAAUACAAAAGCAUCUUUCCUGGAUUAUCUGAGUCACCUGUUUGCUUUCUCACUGUAAACAUCAAUUUCAUUGCUAUAAUGUACUAAUGAGGCAACGAUGCCUUUUUAUCACACUUAACUCUAUUUUGAACAACAAUUCACUAUGCUCAUUUAGGCUUCGUGGCUGCAGAAGGCCGAGCAUUUCUGUGAGGUGCUGGGCACCUUCAACCCCAAACUUGGAGCUGAGGAUCCUGCAAGGUGCUGAACUUCAAGUGCCCUGAUCCUGCCAGACAAUCCAUGCUGAGUCCCACUGAGGUCAUGAGACUUCACGUAGGUGCAAGGGUCUACCUGCAGGGACUGUUUGCAAGACUCGGGCCUUAGCAGUGUAUUCAGUUAGCAGUCCCUGUCCUGCUGAAAAGUGAGAUUGUUAGUGACACCGUCAGGAUACUAGAGCAAUGUUAGUGAUUUCGCUGUAUUAGUGGUUUCUCACCUUAAUAAGAAAGCCUCAUAUAAGGACAUAUUGUAUUCUCUCCAGGUAUUACUCUACUUUAAUAAUUAGAAGAACUUUACUGAGGCUACAUCUGUAUUACCACUUAUGUUGGCUUCUCCCGCUGACAUAGGCCAUGUCUACACUACAAAGUUAAGUCAAGUUUAUGUAAGUCGACAUCGAGCCUCCGAUUUAAGCAAGUCGAUCUUGCGUGUCCACACUACAUUGUGUUGGCAGAGUGCAUCUUCACUAGCAGGGCUUGCAUCGAUACGUGGAGCACUGCACUGUGGGUAGCUAUCCCAUAGUGCAUGUAGCUGAGUGGAAUUUUGGGUUGGGCUUGCAAUGUCUUAUGAGACCAAAACAUUGGUGCGGGUGGUUAUGGAAACAUGGCGUUAGCCUCCCAUGAUGCACUUACCUCCCUCUCUCCUCCCUGAAAUCAAUGACAAACA